AUGGUUGUAACCAAGUGGAAGUUCACGCUAACUUUAAACGUUGUUCUACCUGCAAACUGGUGUAUUAUUGCUCAAAAUCAUGUCAAAAGACAUUGGAGUGAACACCAAAUAUUUUGCAAUGCCAUUAAGGAACAACUAAAUCAAAACAAUGAAACUCUCAGAGGACUGGGAGAUAGUUCAGACACGGAAAUGUUUGCAAGUCACCUUUCUCCAAAGAAACACGCUCCAAUUGCUAAACUUGUUGGUCGCAAAUGCUCUGUUCGGUGUCUUGUAAAUGAUGUUGACAUGGAAGCGUUAUGGGACACUGGAGCCCAGGUCUCCAUUUUCCCGGAACAGGUACUGUCUGACAAUUUUUCUGAUUUGAAAAUACGUGAUAUUAGCGAAUUGCUUGGUGCGGGUUCUGGUCUGAAUUAAACUGCGGCAAAUGGGACACCAAUCCCUUAUAAAGGCUGGGUGGAAGCUAGAUUUAGAUUAAACCGAGAAGAUGAAAAAGAAGUAACAGUACCAUUCUUAGUAACACCCGAACAGUUGGAACAACCAAUAAUUGGGUACAAUGUUAUUGAACUGUUUUUGCAAGAAGGUGAAAACUACUCAGAUAAUUUAUCAGUGGCACACCAUAUAGUGUCAAGUUUUAAUAAUGUUGGAGUGAAAGAUGCUGAGCAAUUGAUAAACAUUAUCCAAAGAAAUGAUGAGGAGUUGUUUUGCCAAGUAAAAACAUCCAAACGUCACAUUACAAUACCGAAGAAAGCUACCAAAACAGUACCCUGUCGAGCAAAUACGGGAACGAUUGAGAAUACAAGACCAGUGCUUUUCGAACCUGAUGAAAAACAAGAGUGGCCUCCCGGAUUAAUAGUUCAUGUUCAUCUGUGA